AUGGAGCUCAAAAAGGACGACCAGGCGGUGGCCAUCGACAUGCUGCUCAUCGUGAACUCGGAGAAGCGCCGCGCAGCGCAGGGCGCGCACUCCGACCGCCAGGCGGACCCGCAACCACAGCGCCGAGGAGGGCUGCCAGCUGUGGGCAAUGGAAUCCGGAAGUGGCAGAAAUGUGAAGGAACAGACCCUUAUGGAACCCUGGCUGAGAAGCAGCACGCCCAGCAGCCCCAGGUCAUCACUUCCUAUGACAACCAAGGGACACAGCUGACCGUGGAGGUCCACCCUCGAGAUGCCAUGCCCCAGCUACUCAAGAAGUUAUCCUUGGCUAAACUGCGUUUACAAGGCGAUAAAAAUGGAAACACGAGACCCCGGCAGCCUGGAGGGAAAGACGCCCAUGCCUACCCUUGGGAUCGGUCGAGCCUGAAAUCCCUGACCCUGGACCUGCGACAGUUUAAGAAACUGGAUGCCUAUGCCUCACAGGUGAUGGUCAAGAGUGGCCUGGACGAGCUGGUGUGUGACCUGCUCCAGGAGGCUGACAGUGAACUGGAAAGAGUCCGUGCCAUCUGGAUCUGGAUCUGCCACCACAUAGAGUAUGACGUGGAGGCCGCCCAGGAGAAGGACCGCCAAGCCUUCAAGCCCACAGACAUCCUGCGGAGCCGGAAGACCAACUGCGAUGGAUAUGCUGGCCUCUUUGAGAGAAUGUGCAGGAUCGCAGGCGUGCAGUGCUUGACUGUACCCGGCUACUCCAAGGGCUUCGGCUACCGGACUGGGCAGAGCUUCUCCGGGGAGUUUGAUCACGCCUGGAAUGCUGUGUACCUGGAGGGCAGAUGGCACCUGCUGGACAGCACCUGGGGCAGCGGCCUAGUGGACACUACCACCUCCAAGUUUACUUUCCUGUACAAUGAGUUCUACUUCCUCACCCAUCCUGCUCUGUUCAUUGAGGACCACUUUCCGGACAACAAGAACUGGCAGCUGCUGAAGCCACCUCAGUCCCUGAGACAGUUUGAGAACAACAUGUACCAUAAGAGCGAGUUCUAUAACAAGGGCAUGCUGAGUGCACACCCCGACACGGCUGUGGUCAGAACAGUGAAUGGGAAGGCCACGGUCACCAUCGAGAGCUGUGCCCCAAAGCUGUUUAUGUUCAUGCUCAAUGGGAAGCAGGAGCAUGGGCUGCUGAGCUUGCGCAAGAACGGGAUGAAGCUGGAGGUGUUCCCGCCAACCACAGGCAGCCACAAGCUGCAGAUCUUUGCCAAGGGCGACUCGGACAUCUACAGCUCUGUGCUGGAGUACACACUGCAGUGCUCCCAUGUGGACCCGGGAGUCCGACUGCCUGCCGAGCUGCACCAGCCCGUGGGCCCCAGCUGGUUCUCGGAGCAGAUGGGCAUCACGAAGCCCUCGCACCCUGAUCCCAUCAUCCACACCCGUGACGGCCGCUGCUCCGUCAGCUUCGGCGUGGACGAGGGCAUCAGUGUGCUGGCUUCGCUGCACGGGGAUGACGGCCCCAUCACCGAGGAGACCCAGCGGCGCUAUGUCUUCCAGCUGCCCCGGGAGAAGCGGAUCGAGCUGAAGGUCCAGCUGCCCCAUGCUGGCAAGUUUGCCCUCAAGAUCUUUGUCAAAAAGAGGCAGGAGACAGGCAACUACGUCUUUGUCUUCAACUACCUCCUCUGCUGCACCAACACCAAAGUGAACUGGCCCAUGUUCCCCGAGAGCUUCGGCAACUGGGGGCCGGAAAAUGAGCUGCUGGAGCCGCUGUCGGGGGUGCUCCCUGCCAACCGCAACGUCCCCUUCAAACUAAAGCUCCACGGCGUGGCCAAGGCAUUGGUGAAGGGGCAGGACACGUGGCCGCUGACCCUGAGCCACGAGGGCUACUGGGAGGGCAGCUGCAACACGGCCGGCUGCCAGGAGGUCUACGUCAUGGUGCUGGAGAAUGCCAACCACAGCUUCUACUCCUACAUCCUCAAGUAUAAAGUGAACGCCCAGUGA